UAACCAAAAAGGAGGAAAUAAACUCAAAGGUGACAUUCACCAGUGACUUAUGACAGAGAGGGGUUUUUUUUUUCUAUCAAAUAAGAGCAUUGAAGAUUGCAGAGGCACAUAUGGACCAAGGGAUUUUAUAACCGGACAGGAAAAAUCACGAGAAAAGAAGAGUCAGGACUUUCUGGCAUAGUUGAACUUUAUAACCUAAACAAAACCACAGCGGAUCAAGUGACCAUGUUAAUGUAAAACGGGAGUAUAGCUACAUAUGAAGCGGAUAUGAAAAUAUAUUGAAGAAAGUCGCAUGAUAGAAUGGUGACCGUUUCUUGGCACUGAGAUGAAUCAAUGACAAAAGUGAAACCACAACAUACUGCAAUGCAGCACAACUGACAUACUGCACAACCGUCUCAACUGUCGCAAUUUCGAAAACCGCCACAACAGAUGCACACCAGUUACCUUGGCAAAAUGAAUUCGUUGUAUUUUCUCAUUCCGUUAUGCAUUUCAUGGAAGUUAGUUUCCUCCUUGAAUUCAUGGGAUUUACUUCCUCCGCCUCCGCCAAAUUUGGGGGAUCCUGUUGAAUUUUACAACGCCACGGACGUUUGUAGCGGUACCUUGCAAAAGAACAUCGUCAUGACAAAUGCCCUAAAAUGCGACCGGUCGUACUCCUGUCAGAGACGGUGCGGGGCGGUUGCAUCACAGGGAGAAGACUGCUCUUGUGACGAAGUGUGCAAAACAUAUGGUGACUGUUGCUACGACUACGACAGCAUCUGUCAGUCCAACUCCCGCGUGAUCAGAAUCAUGCCAGUCAUUGCCGCGGUGCCUAUUUGUGUUGAAACUUCACAAGAUGAAUUUGUGUUAUUUCUAGGUGAGGGAUGCUUGCCGCAUUGGCAAGGCACUGACAUGGAGACAAAGUGUCUCUCACACAGCACUGCCUUAUCGCAUAAGAUCCCCGUCACUGACGUCACAAACCGACUGCACUACACCAACAUUUUCUGUGCCAAGUGUAAUGACGUCACAGACUACCGAUUCUGGAAUGCGUCAUACGAAUGUUCAAAGGAACUUGAAGUUCUUAAAAACAUCACAGAUCCCUUAGAGAUAUUGAAACAGCGCUCAUGUUAUUUUAAACUGCAUUUUCCACCGGGUGUGACUAAGAGACGUUGUCAGGCUGGCAGAACAGUGAACAGAUGUCCCCCAAAUAACACGUGUACAACACAAAUACAAGAGGCGUGCAAAAAGUACAAAAAUGUGGUCGAUGUGCAGGGGAAGGAGUACCAAAAUGAAUACUGCGCUAUUUGCCAUGGUAAAAACGUGACAGACAUGACCUGCCCUGCAAAAAUUUUGUUCCCUUUCAUACCCCCAAUACAUUCUGUUGUAUCCGGAAGUACUGAUGUAGAAAUCUCUGGAAGCAACAACAGGCCCUCACUCGGUUCUUUCUCGUUCUCAAUAGUCAUGGAUUUUACUCAAGAUGCAGAAGUUCACGUCGGAGUCGGCUCAGGCACAGAUGAUGACGUCACAAUGUGCACGUUGGACGAGGUGACGUCAUCCUGUAUCCCAUCCCAAUGCCGAAAGGAUUAUAUUCUUAGGGAUGGCGCAUGCGUCCUCGGUGUCUUAGUCUACGACGUGCAUGUGAAUACACUGUGGGAACCGAAAGCAACGAGCGAUCCGCUUUCGAUAUUUAUAACGGACGAUUUUCAGCUGAAAAAUUAUGGACAGAUACUCACGAAUUUAAUAGGUGAAAUGUAUGGGGAGGCAGUGUAUGGUUUCGUCACUUUCGGGGCUGCUCGCAAACAGAAAGAAUCCUUCCUGAUUCAUAAUGACUUCAAAUUGCAAUUUAACAAAACCGUUGAAGCCGAUGAAAUUAAGGAAGAGUGGAUCAACGUGACGCGAACUGAAAGAUUUAGAUCUGUUCUUGGACAAUUCGUGACAUUAGUUAACUCAACAAUUUCGUUGUCGCUCUAUCAUGAUCCUUAUGAGUUAGGUGAUUUGAUGAAUGCCACCAACACAAGUGACCAGGUGUUGCACAUUGCCGAAACUGAUUGUGAACGCGUGCGUUUCGAUAGCUACGACACGACCGAAAAUGGGAAUAUACUGCUGCCUUCAAUGACGAUUAUAAAUGAAUCUGAUGUAUUGUACGAUAAUAAUGGAUCUAUUCUAGUCUGCCGAAAUCUGCUCAAUUUCACGGUUAGUUCAAAUCCACAGGAUAAUCUCUCAGGAGAUGAUUCGAAGGAAGCGCUAGGAAUACUGACGAUCGUCUGCAUUGCCAUUUCUCUCGUCUGUUUACUCAUACGAAUUGCACUGCAACCGUUUGUUGCAUUAUUUCAAACUUUCCCAGGAAAACUUCAACUAUCUCUCUGCCUCUCUCUAGUAUUGUGGAAAGUUUUCUUCUUAGCUCGACCAUUUGCCAGUUUAAGUGGCGACGUCAGCGCGUGCAUCGCGGUGGCUGCGUUAUUCCAUUGGAGCUUACUGGCGUCGUUUUUCUGGAUGAACGUCAUUGCUAUUGAUUUGUGGAAGACCUUUAGGCGCACGUCAUCGUUACAAAUAUCGGCAGAGUCCAACAAAACUAUCUUUGGGUAUGUCUGCUAUGCAACUUUAUUGCCAGGCGGAAUUGUUGCUCUUUGUCUGGUUUUGGACUACGUCGACAUAGAUUCUCAGUUCCAACCGCAUUACUCGGGGCCCGCCUGUUACAUUAGCAAUAUCUACCCGCUUGUCUUGUUUCUCGUGGCCCCUAUCGGAGUUAUCCUUAUUGUGAAUAUCGUUCUUUUUGCCAUGAUCGCAAGGUCAAUACACAUCGCCAUUUCUGAGGCGGGAAAACUGAAGGCAAAAAGAAACAAACACACUUUUCUUAUUUAUGUGAGACUUUUUGCUCUGAUGGGAACAACGUGGCUAUUUGGCUUCCUUUCCGGAGGACUCAAUGUCCUCGCGUUGAACUUUAUCUUCGUUAUUUUAACAACUUUGGACGGCUUACUUAUAUUCAUAGCCGUCGUCUGCUCAAGGCGGGUGUGGCGGGAUCUUCGAGACCGGAAGAUAAUAACUAGGUCCAGCACGCGCACUUUGACACUUAGCUCAAGUAAUAAGCUUCCGCCGACACCAAAAUCUCCCACUCCAUCGGAGAGCAAUUCCUUGAAAUUCUCACUAAAACAAGACACAAGUUUAAGUCGGCUUUAAAUGUAACAUUGCUCAAAAUAUGGUGUUUUCUAUCAGUUUUAAGCUCUACAGAAAAUAAUGAUGAUGAU